AUGGCAGCUCGAGCUCCCUCCAGCGGUGGCAGCGUUCAGGCAGGAGGAACUGCGGAACCCGUAACCGCAGAGUAUUCCUUCGGUGGUCUUCAUUGUAGCUGGACCACGCUGGGCAUUGGUAGUGGACAGAUGCUUCAAGAGGUCGAACGGCUUCUCGCCAGUAGGAAGCCAUGGCCUGCGUUUGUUCAGGCAGGACUGCAGGCCCGGUAUGAGUGGAACAACUGCCCGGAGGCUGUCGGAGAGGCAUUGGAGUGGAUGGCAUCGGCCACCGUUGGCCUGCUGGACAUGGCGAGUGUGGGCCCUCUCACGCCCGUCUGCAAGGCCUUUACAUCGCUGAUCGAGGCUGCAGAAGGCGCCAUCGAGGUAGCUAAGAACCUAGAGGAGCUGGUUUCUUGGUGCUCGUUCCUCGUGGGUGUGUUCAUCGAGCACGGCAAGCAGGAGGACAAUCUGCGGCCGAUCGCAAAGCCCAUGAAGGAUUUUGUCGCCACGACGAUCGAGCUCGCGAAGCGUGCCAAAGCCAUGGGGGCAAGAGGAAAAUGCACCGCACUCCUCUGCCAUCGGAGGGACGGGAAACAAGUGCAAGACUUCGACGUGAAGCUCCGCCACAUUUGGGACGACAUCCAAGGGGUGACUCUCCUAGCGUUUUAUUCUGACUUUCGCGCUACGCUCCCCCCCAAAACGGCCUACAUGGCCAGAGUACCCAAGAACGCCAAACAACUGCCGCCGGCGUUUGUGGAGAGGAGGGACCUAUUCAAAGCUGUUGUGAAGGACUUGGUGGCGACGGAUCGAGCGACGAAUGCGGCCCAUGUGCUCCGUGGUAUGCCCGGGGGGGGCAAGACCAUCGCAGCCAAAGCAGUCGUGCGCUGCGAGGACGUUCGCCGGAGUUUCAAGGACGGAAUAUUCUGGGUGCAAGUGGGGCAGGUUGGCACGGGCAACCCGAUGGCCCUGCUACAAGGCUUGGCGCGGGACCUUGCGCACGCUCCGAGUCACCAGCCACAUACGGUCCCGCACGAGUUCGUGGACGUCGAACAUGCCGUAAGCCACCUUGAGGGCGUUCGGAAGGAGCGCAACCUAAGGUGCCUGGUGGUACUUGAUGAUGUGUGGGACGCACAGAUCGUCCCGUUGUUUCUGUGCGGAGGGUUCCAUUCCUUGGUGACUACACGCGACCUUGCGGUGAUUCCCCGAGACCUGCAGGGAGUAUGUACGGAGGUCGAGAUGCUCACCAAUGCCGAGGCUUUGGAGCUCUUGAAGAACGCAAGUCGAGCAACUGCCGCCAUUCCGACGAACGAGGGCCUGAAGGUGGCCAAGGACUGCGGCUUUCUUCCCCUUCCCCUUGCCAUCGUCGGUGCUAUGGGUAGCUCGCGAGCAGACCCGGACUCCGCCGAGACUUGGAGGGGCAUUCACGCGCUACUCCAGCAAGAGCCAGAACUUGUGCAAGAUCCUGUAGGAAGUGUUCUUGCCGUCAGCUUCUGUGGGCUCAAGGGGGCGGCUAGAACGCGGUUCCGUAAGCUUGGUGUGCUGGCGAAGGGGGCAAGGGCCCCGGUCGACAUGGUCGCUCAUCUGUGGGAACUGGACCAUGACGAUUCAACGCUUUUACUGGACGACCUGGUGGACAAGUCCCUCGUGAAAGUCGAAGAGCACGCCUACUACCUACACGACCUGGUGCUUGAUUUUGCGAAAGAUGAGCUCCGGAAGUUGAAGGAAAGGGUGCGGCUCGUCACUUGUCGCCAAGCACAGUACCUUGGCCGAAUGUCCGUGGUCAAGGACUACGCCAAGGCUGGCGAGGUGAUGGGAGGGUUUUAUGCGCUGAUGGCUUUGUGGCGGUCGGUCGAAGACCUGUCUGGAGACAAUCAGCUGGAGGCAAGCACGUAUGGAGCCACGGUGAAGCCUUCGGAAGAAAGUGAAGCGUCAGAAGAUGUUGCCUAUCUGACCUGGGCUGUAGGGAGGUUGUUCGAACUCCAGGGCAAGUUCGCUGAGGCUGAGGAGCUGUAUGAUCGGUGUCAAGCAAUCAACGAGGAGGCUCUCGGCCCUGAGCAUCCCAGCGUGGCGACCACACUGCACGGCCGGGCGGGCUUGAUGGUGAAACAGGGCAAGCUCGCUGAGGCUGAGGCGCUGUAUGAUCGGUGCCAAGCAAUCGAGGAGAAGGUUCUCGACCCUGAGCAUCCCAGCGUGGCGACCACACUGCACGGCCGGGCGGGCUUGAUGGUGGAACAGGGCAAGCUCGCUGAGGCUGAGGCGCUGUAUGAUCGGUGUCAAGCAAUCGAGGAGAAGGUUCUCGGCCCUGAGCAUCCCAGCGUGGCGGCCACACUGCACAGCCGGGCGGGCUUGAUGGUGGAACAGGGCAAGCUCGCUGAGGCUGAGGCGCUGUAUGAUCGGUGCCAAGCAAUCGACGAGAAGGUUCUCGGCCCUGAGCAUCCCAGCGUGGCGACCACACUGCACAACCGGGCGUGCUUAUUGGAGCAACAGGGCAAGCUCGCUGAGGCUGAGGCGCUGUAUGAUCGGUGCCAAGCAAUCGAGGAGAAGGUUCUCGGCCCUGAGCACCCCAGCGUGGCGACCACACUGCACAACCGGGCGUGCUUAUUGGAGCAACAGGGCAAGCUCGCUGAGGCUGAGGCGCUGUAUGAUCGGUGCCAAGCAAUCGAGGAGAAGGUUCUCGGCCCUGAGCAUCCCAGCGUGGCGACCACACUGCACAACCGGGCGGGCUUAUUGGAGCAACAGGGCAAGCUCGCUGAGGCUGAGGCGCUGUAUGAUCGGUGUCAAGCAAUGAAGGAGAAGGUUCUCGGCCCUGAGCAUCCCAGCGUGGCGACCACACUGCACAACCGGGCGGGCUUGAUGGUGGAACAGGGCAAGCUCGCUGAGGCUGAGGCGCUGUAUGAUCGGUGCCAAGCAAUCGAGGAGAAGGUUCUCGGCCCUGAGCAUCCCAGCGUGGCGACCACACUGCACAACCGGGCGGGCUUGAUGGUGGAACAGGGCAAGCUCGCUGAGGCUGAGGCGCUGUAUGAUCGGUGUCAAGCAAUCGAGGAGAAGGUUCUCGGCCCUGAGCAUCCCAGCGUGGCGACCACACUACACAACCGGGCGGGCUUGAUGGUGGAACAGGGCAAGCUCGCUGAGGCUGAGGCGCUGUAUGAUCGGUGCCAAGCAAUGAAGGAGAAGGUUCUCGGCCCUGAGCAUCCCAGCGUGGCGACCACACUGCACGGCCGGGCGGGCUUGAUGGUGGAACAGGGCAAGCUCGCUGAGGCUGAGGCGCUGUACGAUCGGUGUCAAGCAAUGAAGGAGAAGGUUCUUGGCCCUGAGCAUUCCAACGUGGCGACCACACUGCACAGCCGGGCGGGCUUGAUGGUGAAACAGGGGAAGCGCGAUCAAGCAGUUCCUCUCUUGGAGAGGGCCUUCUCAAUCCGCAUGAAGGCUCUCGGGAGCAGCCACCCUGACACCAUUGCCACCCAGAACCAGCUGGAGCAUGGGCAAUAA